AUGUCAGAGAAGAAACCACGAGGCUCAGACACUCGUCCCAAAUGUGGCAUCCGCAGUUGGAGUGCUGACAGUUAUAUUUGGCGAGGGAAGAAGCGCUCACGAAACUCUCGCAAUGGGUCGAGUCCAGGAGGGCUUGAAGCAGAGGGGACAGAGGAGCUGGGUGUGCGUUCAACAUCCUGUCCGAGGCGGCGUAGAGAGAGAAAAUGUAGCUGCACCACACUUGGGGACACGUUGACGUCUGCAGACAUUGAUGCAGUGUGUCGAAAGGCCUUGUCCCGGCGAUCGCUGCGGCAGAAGUUCCAGGAUGCUGUGGGGCAGUGUUUACCUCUGCGCUCUCACCAUCACCAUCAUCAUCACCACCCACCGGGCUCCUCUCGUCCCUCCUCGGUGCUCUUCUGGUCCAAACGCAAGAUCCACGUCUCGGAGCUCAUGCAGGACAAGUGUCCCUUCUCACCCAAGUCUGAACUUGCCCGCUGUUGGCACCUUAUAAAAAAUCACGUCACCCAUCCGAAUGCCCUCAAGGACCUGGAGGCUACCCUCAAACCCAGUGUUUCAUCGUCUUCCAUCUCCCCACCACACACACCCCUCUCCUGGGAGGACAUCUGCUGCUCCCCUGGGCCUGUGGGCACCAGUCUGGAGGACGGGGAUACUUGUCCUCAUGGGGGAGCAGAGGGCAUCUGCAGCCACACGGACUACAUCCUGGUUCCUGAUCUCCUCCAGAUCAACAACAACCCCUGCUACUGGGGGGUGUUGAACCGCUUUGAGGCAGAGGAGCUCCUAGAGGGUCAACCAGAGGGAACCUUUCUGCUCCGAGACUCUGCCCAGGAUGAGUUCCUCUUCUCGGUCAGCUUUCGACGCUACAGCCGCUCCCUGCAUGCACGCAUUGAGCAGAACGGCAAACGUUUCAGCUUUGAUGUGCGGGACCCAUGCAUGUACCGAGAUCCCAGUGUGACAGGCCUGCUGAGACACUACAGUGACCCAGCCACCUGCCUCUUCUUUGAGCCCCUUCUUUCCCAGCCGUUACCCAGGACCUUUCCUUUCUCCCUCCAGCACCUGUGCAGGGCUUUGAUCUGUAGCUGCACCACAUACCAGGGCAUAGAGAACCUGCCACUGCCGCCUCAGCUCAGGGACUACCUCCAACAGUAUCACAUCAAGUGUGACGGGGCCUGUGCUGUGUGA